CCGCAGCUAGAGCUCCCCCCUCCCCCUCCCACUGUCCUCCCCUCCCCCGGCUCCCGUGCCCUUGCCUUGCCUUGUCCUUCGUUUCGCGUGCAACCAACCAGGAGAAUCCAAUGAGCCAUUCUCCGUUCUGCGAUUCCUCAAGCUUCCCACAGUUUCUUGUUCCAAUUCCCUUUAUUUGCAACGCCUCACACGGAUAGAGCCCCUUGGUGUAGUAAUUUAGUGAGGUCAGGGUCUGCUUGCGAUGGGAGCUCUCUCGAUUUGCUGAAGACCAGGAUUCUGCGGUGUUUGUAUCGCUUGCUUUGAAGCACUCUGUGGCAGGCUAUGCCGUAGCAACUGUUCUUGAGCCAACGAGACAUGUGAGAAGUCAACGGACAUCAAAAGCACGUGAGAUUGAGUCCGUGAUGUUGCGGAUUGGUCGUGGCUAAGUUAUGAAUGGCUCUUCGGAAUGUCUAGAUAGUGUGGCAGUUGGGGAGUAAAUUCCAUGCUUGAUAAAUUCGAAUGGGUUGCAGCAGUCUGAUCUACGUGAGGUGGUGCUUCGCUGUUUAACUUUAUUUUGAAGAAUGAUGAAACAUCCAUGGUUGUCAGAAGACUAGUAAAUAUCAGCAAUGGCAUCUGAAUAUUUGGGUCCUGAAUCUGAGAAAAGUGCAGCUGGAAAUUUAAUCCUAAAGCCUGACGCUUUGCUCACCAACGUUGCACCCCUCCCACAAUUAGGGCUUAUGAAUAAGCAUCAUCAUGGUGAACUCGAUGCGUUGUCUCAGAUUUGCAAGGAUGGGGGACCAAAUUUUUGUGGUCAGAAUGGUACAGAUUCCACUUAUGAAACGAAUGGAGAAGGAGACCUUAAACCCGAGAUCAUUGAUAAAGAAGUGGAGAAUUCAGCCCCACAGGAGCCGAAGUUGAUGGUAGCGUUUGAAAGAACUGACAUCGGGUUAGCAACACUUGCUGUCAGUGUAAAUACGAAAGAGAUCGUAAUAGCCGCACAAGAGCCUGAAGUGGUGGACGUAGAUGAGGCACGUGAUGUUGGUCUAGUUACAGCUAGUGAAACUGUAAGUGAAAUCCCAGGAGGGGUUAGGUUGCCUGAACCAGCUCUUACACAUGAUGCUGUGCAAGAAUCUGUUAUUUCCAGCGUGCGUGAAACAAAGACAAUCAAUGUUGAGAUUUCAGAAAAGCAAAAACGGAAGCGGCGACAGAAGUCGUCCACGAACUUCGAGGUGGAAGAGCAAGAGGCAGGGAGGAGGAACAAGAGGCCUUCUAGGCAGCACUCUAAAGUGUCGACGUACGAUGAGUCUGCCAUGGACAAAGUAAUGGAGGAACAAAUCGAGGGGUCUUCUUCAAGAAAAGGGGCUAAAAGAAAAUAUGACAGUGUGGUUCGAGGAAUUGAAACAGAAGCCAUGGUUGCUGCUGCUCUUGGUUUCCCUCGGGACUCACUUACGGAAGAGGAAAUUGCAGCAAAUGUAGUGAACGUAGUGGGUGGGAAAGAGCAGGAAAACUACAUUGUUGUACGCAAUCACAUUUUGGCUGCUUGGAGGGAGAAUACAAACGUGUGGCUGGAGCAGGAGACUGUGAUGGAAAACAUACGAAGUGCCCACAGUAAACUCGUUGCUUCGGCUUAUAAAUUUCUCUUAUUCCAUGGUUACAUAAAUUUUGGAGUUGCUCCGGCUAUUAAAGCUAGGUUACCGGCAGAACGGAACAAAGCCAAGGUGGUCAUCGUUGGAGCUGGACUUGCAGGCCUUGGUGCCGCCAGACAUUUGAUGGCUUUAGGACACCAGGUGAUUGUAUUGGAAGGUAGGCAGCGGCCUGGAGGUAGAGUAUAUACUAAGAGGAUGGAAGUGGAUAGCGUACAUGCUGCAGCUGAUUUAGGGGGUAGUGUUGUUACAGGGAUGCACGGGAACCCCUUAGGUGUUUUGGCUCGUCAAAUGAACUGGUCAAUGCAUAAAAUCAAAGACUUGUGUCCAAUUUACCAACCCAACGGUCAGCCUGCUGUUGAUGAGAUUGAUAAGAAGGUGGAAGCACAGUUCAAUCAGUUGUUGGACACAUGCAGCAAAUGGCGAGAGGAAAAUCAUUCGAAGUCUGCAGAGAUUUCGUUAGGAAAUAUCAUGGAGUUUUUACGUCAUAACUGCGGAAUGGGUACUAUUCCUGCUGAGAGGCAGCUUUUUGAUUGGCACUUUGCAAAUCUUGAGUAUGCCAAUGCACAAUUACUCACUAAUCUCUCGCUUUCUGAUUGGGAUCAGGAUGAUCCCUAUGAAAUGGGAGGGGAUCACUGCUUUCUACCUGGGGGCAAUGUGCAGUUUAUAGAGGUCCUCUGUGAGCAUGUGCCUAUCCUCUACGGUAAAACUGUGAAAAGAAUACGUUAUGGAGAUAGUGGGGUGAAAGUUGAAACUGCAGAUGAGACUUUUGAGGGUGAAAUGGUGCUGUGUACUGUGCCAUUGGGUGUUUUGAAAAAGGGUAUGAUCAAUUUUGAUCCACCACUUCCUCCAUACAAGGUAGAUGCCAUUCAAAGGUUAGGCUUUGGUCUUCUAAACAAGGUGGUGAUGCUUUUCCCAAAAGUGUUUUGGGAUGGCCACCUAGACACAUUUGGGCACUUAGAGGAAGAUCCACGUAAGCGUGGUGAGUACUUCAUGUUUUACAGCUAUGCAGCAGUGGCUGGGGGGCCACUGUUGGUGGCUUUAGUGGCUGGAGAGGCCGCCAUUGCUUUCGAGGCCACUCCCCCAAUCGAAGCUGUAACUCGUGUUAUGACCAUUCUCAGAGGUAUUUUUGAACCGAAGGGAAUAAAAGUGCCAAAUCCCGUGCAGACUGUUUGCACACGGUGGGGGAGUGAUAGUCUGUGUUUUGGCUCUUACUCAAACGUGGCAGUAGGAGCAUCUGGCCAAGACUACGAUACAAUGGCAGAGUCCGUGAACGAUAGGCUCUUCUUCGCAGGCGAGGCAACCAUUCGCAAAUAUCCUGCAACUAUGCACGGUGCACUUUUAAGCGGCUUUCGCGAAGCAGCUAAUAUGGCAAGAGCUACAUUAGCCAGAUUGGAUCCACCUAAACUGGAAAGAACUCAAUCCAGAGAUUUACAUUCAUACUCAACAAUUCUGGUAGACCUUUUCAAAGAACCCGAUCUCGUGUUUGGUAAUUUUUCUGUCAUUUUUAACCAGCAGGUGUUGGACCCCUCUUCGCUGGCGAUUUUGCGAGUGCAUAUGAUUUCUCCUGGGAAGAGUACCAAUGUAUCUGUAGAGGGGACAACUGAAAUCUUUGUUCCAGAGCAAUUGUUCUUGUAUACUACCAUUACUCGUCAACAGGCUUUGGAUUUGAGUAGAUUGGAUAAUGAUAAUGAAAGGCUACAGCACCUUUGUCUUAAUUUUGGGGUGAAGUUAGUGGGUCGAAAAGGUCUUGGUCCGGCAGGGGAUUUGUUGGUUUCCACGAUUAAGUCAGGUCGUGCUGCAAAGAAGGCUUCUCCUAAUUAGUUGCAGUGUUCCAUGCUGCUGUAAGAUGAGCUUCUCAGGAAGCAACGGAAGGGCAUUGAAGAGAUGGACCCUUCUGUGGCCGGACAUCAGUACAUCACGAUUUUUGUCCCAACAAUUUAAAAAUAGUCUUUAGUACAUUUCUGAUGGCAAAUGAUAAUACUGGGGGAUUGCAAGGCAGCUUAAGUACUGUGCUCCUGUUCGCAGAGCCCGUUAAAGACCCUUACGACGUCCUCUUUGCGCACAAUUUGACUCUUGUUUAAUCAGAAUAUACCAACCAUGCACUUAAAGCAGCA